AUGAAGCUGGUGUCGCGUCUCCGGGGCUUGGAAAACAGGGACGGCCAACAACAGCCGCCGCCACCUCCGUCCACGUUACCGGGUGGCCGGCGGCUGAGUGUGGCCGCCGCCCCUCCCCGCGCCGCGUCAUCCGCUGGCAUCAUAGCGGCCAGGGACCGGUCCAGGUCGCUGUGCGUCGAACGGCUGGGCCUGGCCACGCUCCUUCACCCGGCCGCUAUACCGGUCAGAGAGCUCAACAGGAGGCGGGCCUCGUCCGCACUAUCGUCUUCUAAUGAUCUCAUAUCUCGACGGGGUGUGUUCAGCAGGCGUCAUUAUGGUUCUGUUGAAUUAUUACCCCAAUUGGAUGCAUCUGGCCAAGAUCCGGGAGGAAGAAGAUUUCGAAUCGAAAAUGGCGAUUCUCUUGGAGAAAAAGAAGAGAUAUUUGGAUCACCUUGUACUCCAGUUCUGGAAAAUCCGGAAUUUCAGACAAGAUGGUACUUUAAAUACUUUUUGGGAAAAUUGCACCAGAAUUAUGUUGGAUCAGAUGUGGAUAAGUUUCCAUUUUUUUUAUCCGUUGUGCUGACGGAUGCUAAUCAUCAGUGCGUGCCUCAAUAUAGAGCGAUAUUAUGGCGCAAAACGGGAGCACAAAAAAUCCUGUUACCUCAUACACCACACAAGCCAAUGACAGUAAAACAAAUUUUGAGAUUUUUCCUCUCAGAUGAAAAUGUUUGCCAUGUGGUUAUUAACUACUCUUUGGUCACAAUCGUAUUGUAA